AUGAACGACUCCGAAAAGGCGCCCGGUUAUAUGGCUCAAUUGCUUGAUGAACUUGGAUGGAACCAAGGAACUAGAAUUCCUUUGGCGGAUCCUAAUAAUAGUAACUUAGAAACACUAUUAUUAGAUAGGCAAAAUGAAAUACAGAAACUUAAAGAACAGCUUACUCUACAACUUCAAAAGCGAAAUGAUCUAAAUAAAUAUAAAGAACAUGUUCAUACGGAGUACCAAGAAAAUACCCGUCUUCUGUUUGCUCAGAAGCAACAAUUAGAGCAAGAAGUUAAACUGAAGCAAUUGUCAAAAAAUGAAGCUGAUAGACUUGACAGAGAUGUUGUUGACUCUAACAAACAGAGUACUUCCACAGCAAACAGGAUUGACAGGCUGCAAACCAGUAUUGCAAAGCUGUUGAAAAAAGCGGACACUUUAAAAAGCGAUGUGUGUGGCGAACGAGGCGCGUUGCAAGAAUGGAGAGCUGCAUUGGAAAGAAAUGCUGGUGAUAUCGCCGCUAUUGAACAAUUUACCAAGCAGGACUUAUCUAAGGCCAAAGCUCUGGAGACGAAGAGAAUGAAACUGAAACAAGAGCACGAUCGCAUACGCGACCGACUUAAUCAGCUGGUGUCGAACCUGAGCGCCGAGGAACGAGCCUGCGAGAGGAUCUCCGCACAGGUGAUGGAAGGUAUGGAGGAAAGGAAGCAGAUGAUGGCUAUGUGGACAGGUGCCGUUGAGAAUCUGCGACAACGCGAUACGGACAUCAGGCAUAUAAGAGAGGACUAUGCCGUGCUGGAGGCGGAGGCGAACGCUCUGGCGGAGCAGUGUCGCGAGCAGCAGUCGUUCUGCGACCAGCAGGCCGCCAACAACGCUGAAGCGACGAGGGACAAUCUGAAUCUGUCGCAGCGGCUCAGCUCGACGCGCCUGCGCCUACAGCAGACCGGCGAGGAGAACGUCGCUUUGGACAGCGAGGCGAAGAGCAUGCAGAGAGAAUUGAGUAACAUGCGCAACACGCUGGAGAAGCUGCGAAUGGAGAACCGGGAGAUAUUCGAUGAGCAACACCGCAGGGAUGUUGAGCUGAAGAACCUCGUUGAGAAGAUCAGGGAACUCAAAGAAAAACUGCUAGAGUCCACUGACAAAAGUAAAAGUUCCGAAAAGAGAGCGAAGGAGCUGGAGGACAUGCUAAAUGAUGAGGAACGCUACGCCAGCCAGGUGACCCAGAGCCAGCAGCGUGUGAUGCACUGCUCAUUCGUUGAGAACCAGAAGCUUUUGGAGCUCAAAAACGAGGAGAAGCUGUUUAAUAUGCAACUGAAAGCAUCAAAAGCGGUGAUGAGUAAAUUGGACACAAAACAGCGAAACAUAGAGCGCAAUCUGCAAUCGCUGAAAGAGUCACUUUACGCUGUUUGUUACCAAGUGGAGACCAUUGGGUCGCGCGUUUGCCACAUGGAGGGGGCACAGGCCGAGCGCGAGUGUUCUGCGGAACUCGCCGAGCGCGAGAACAGACUGAAGGAGGUGUGCGCGCGGCAUGCCGCCCGCGCCGCCCUCCUGGAGCGGCACGCGGCGCGCCUGAGCGACGACAUGCGUCGCCUCACGAGGGACCUCGAAGCGAGGAGCGCCAACUACACCCGCCUGCGGAGCCGGCUGAAGAGCGCGAUGCUGGAGGUGACGGGCGGCGAGAAAGAGACAGCAGAGGCGCGCGAUGCGUGGCGGCGGCUGCGCGUGGAGGAGGCGCUGCUGAGGCUGCGCGUGGCGCACGCGUCCCGCGCACUCGCCGGCCUCGACCGCGUCGCCUACACGCUCGACGAGCGCCGCCUGCAGCUCGACGCGGCCAUGCAAGAGAGGCUCGUGGAGAUUGGCGCCCGGCGGGACAUGUUCAGCGUGCAGAGGCGCGCUCUACUAGAGGAGUGCGGGAAGCUCCGCGGGGAUAUACGCGAGAGGAGCCAGCGCGUCGAGCAGCUCGUCAAGAGGCACGAUAUUUUCAUUGCGUCACUGGGAAAGGACGAUUCUGGCGAGCAGCUCAGUGUCACGUUUUUCAAGAUAAAGUUCGCGGCCGAGCGCGCCGAGCUGCGCGAGCGCGGCGCUCAGCUCGACGCCGAGAUCGGGCGGCGCGAGCGCGACGUGUCCGCGUUGGAGGCCACGCUGCGCGUGGUGCACGCCGCGCACGCGCACUUCGUGAGGCGGGCGGCGCCGCCGGGCGAUGACGCCCCCGAAGUGGCCGAGAUCAACGAGCUGACGCAGCAGUACUACGAGAGGCGCGACGAGCUGAAGUCUCUGCACGCCAAGAUGGCGGCCCUAGAGGGCGCGGUAAACGACGCGCGCUCCCAACUCACCGCCCUCGAGGACAAACACAAGCAACUGUCGGCAAGAGAGGCCGAGGCGGAAUCGGAGCUGGAAAGCUUAAAGGAACACGCCCAACGUCAGGAGAACAUGUUGCACAAUGCACAUGACGUCAUCAAAUCAAAUCUCAAACGCGCCAAGAAGCUCUUCGACGACGCCGAGGAAUGGCGCUUGUUUAAGAUGUCGAUGUCCGCGCGCGACUACGCCGAGGCGGCGCAGAGCGCGCUGGCCGCGAUGCAGGAGGCGUGCGGGGGUGGGGCCGCGGGGGCGGGGGCGGGACCAGCGGGCGGGGCUUUGGCGGCGCUGCUUAGGGCCUCGGACCCCCGCCGCCACGUGCCGCGUCACCAGCGACGACUGCUGGCGCUGCUCGACAAGAUUAUGUCCAACGUAACCAGUGAUUCCCAGGAGUCACCCGCAGAGAUCGAUGAAUCUGUGUUCUCGUCGACCCCCGCGACCUCUAGGAGCGGUGUGAGUAUGGCGAGCGGCUACACGAAACGGCUGACGGCCUUCCGUAAGAGUCUGGCGCCCAAAAUUCAGGAGCCUGGGUUGGUUCAAGAAAUUCCGGAACAAGCACGUCGGUCGACGGUAUCGUUGCGGGUAGUCGCAGUGGGGUUAAAUGAACCCUCGCCUCCUGAGGGUGUUGCUGUAUGCGCGAUAUUGCCUCGCAAGACGCACCGA